AACUUGACUCCGCUCGUAAUGGCUAUUUCUUUAAGUUUGGAGGUCCGUGUCCUGGAUGAAGACCUCAGUCCACGGAGAAGCGGUCGAGUGAAGCCAUGAAGAGGCUGUGAGGAGUUAUUUUUUUGGGGUGGUGGAAGUUAAAGCGCUUCGUUUAUCGGUCGACAAACCAUCCGUUGAGCACAAGAUGAUGUCCGACGCCAGCGACAUGUUGGCGGCGGCGCUGGAGCAGAUGGACGGGAUCAUAGCGGGCUCGAAGGCCAUGGACUACUCCAACGGGCUGUUUGACUGCCAGUCGCCCACCUCGCCUUUCCUGGGGGGCCUCCGGGUGCUGCACCUGCUGGAGGACCUGCGCGGGGUGCUGGAGCUCAUGGACAGCGAGGAGAGGGACAACCUGCGAUGCCAGAUCCCCGACUCCACCGCCGAGGGGCUGGCCGAGUGGCUGCAGGGACGACUGACAAACGGCCACGGCUCAGACGGAGUCUACCAGGAGCGUCUGUCCCGCCUGGAGAGUGACAAGGAGUGUCUCGUCCUGCAGGUGAGCGUUCUGACGGACCAGGUCGAGGUGCAAGGGGAGAAGAUCCGGGACCUAGACACCUCCCUGGACCUUCAUCGGCAGAAGCUGAACGCCACGGAGGAGCUGCUGCAACAGGAGCUGUCGAACCGGACAGCGCUGGAGACCCAGAAGCUGCAGCUGGUGGGCGAGGUGUCCGCUCUGAAGCUGCAGCUGACGGCGGCGGAGAGAGAUCACCUAGACAACGAGGGCCUGUACCAGGAGGUGACGGACCUGCGCUUCCGGGUGACGGACAUCGAGAACGAGAGGCUGCAGUGUGAGAAGAAACUCGCGGCCACCAAAGAGGAGCUGCAGCUCCUGCAGCGGCAGCUGGAGGGCCGCGAGGCGGAGCUGAGGAGGCUGAAAGAGGAGAGCGGGCCGAGGGUGGAGGUCCACGGCGGUGCCGAGGGCGGAGAGCGAGACACAGAAGUGUUGCAGAUGAAGAUGGCGCUGGAGACUCUGGCGUCGGCCAACGACGUUAAGGAGCAAAGGAUAAAGCAGCUGGAGGAGUCGCUCACAAAGUGCAAGAACGGGCCGGAGCUGAUCCAAGAGAAGUUUAAGGAAGACGACUACGCCGAUAUCCCCGACGACCCCUCGGUGUCCGUGGAGGGGGGUCGGGUCGCGCUGGAAGGGGGGGCAGGAAGAAGCUCCGGCGAGUCUGUUCCCUGCAUAGCGGUGCUCUCUGAGAUGAACGACCUGGACAGAGAACAGUUCCACUCAGCCGGAAGCUCCUCAUACUCCCCACAGCCGGGCGACUCGGCCACGACCAGCAGCGCUGAGCCGGUCAAAACCAAAGCGGGACCUGGUUCCUCGUCUCCUUCCAGAGCGAGUGAGGGCAGCUUCGGCACCAAGAAGGCCCGCGCCUCCUUCGGCCGCGGCUUCUUCAAGCUGCGAGGAGGCAAGCAGGCGGCCAGCUCCCCCAACCUGGCUGACGCGGAGCGGAAGGGCACAGAGCACCUGGACCUGGCCGGCGCCCCCCCGCGACAGCCCCGCGGCGGAUCCCUCCUGCCGUCCUCCCCCGACGCCAAGAAGAAGUCCAAAGGCUUCAGGAGGUUCUUUGGCAGACUGAAGAGGAGCCACUCCAGCUCCUUCAACCUGGACGACGAGGCGCCGACGACUGAGUUCAGCAGGGGCGGGGUCAGAGCCACGGCCGGCCCCCGGCUCGGCUGGUCGCGGGAUUCUAAACACAACGUGGUGGAGGUUCCCUUCUCGCAGUGGAGCAGAGAGGACGUGUGCGCGUGGCUGCAGGAGCAGGGCCUCGGCCUCUACGUGGCUCAGGGUCAGAGCUGGAUCAAGUCGGGACAAACGCUACUCAGGGCGUCGCAGCACGAUCUGGAGAAGGAGUUGGGCAUGAAGCACCCUCUGCACAGGAAGAAGCUGCAGCUGGCCCUGCAGGCUCUCGGGUCAGAGGAGGAGGACCUCAGAAGCCGACUGGACCACAACUGGGUGACCAGGUGGCUGGAUGACAUCGGCCUCCCGCAGUACAAGAGCCCCUUCGACGAGGCUCGUGUGGACGGCUGCAUGCUGCACUACAUGACGGUGGAGGACCUGCUGUCUCUGAAGGUGGGCAGCGUGCUCCAUCACCUCAGCAUCAAGAGGGCCAUUCAGGUCCUGCGCCUCAACUGCUACGAACCCAACUGUCUGAGGCGGCGGCCCUCUGACGAGAACAACAUGACGCCGGCGGAGAUCUCCCAGUGGACCAACCACCGAGUGAUGGAGUGGCUGCGCUCUGUGGAUCUAGCAGAAUACGCGCCCAACCUGAGGGGCAGCGGCGUUCAUGGCGGACUGAUGGUGCUGGAGCCUCGCUUCAACGUGGAAGCGCUCGCCCUCCUGCUCAACAUCCCGGCCAACAAAACGCUGCUGCGGCGCCACCUGGCGACGCAUUUCCACCUGCUGGUCGGCGCCGAGGCGCAGCGGCUCAAACAGGAGUGCCUGGAAAACCCGGACUACGUCGUACUCGGUGCCACCGCCAAAGUCAAGCCGCGACGCAUGUCCUUCGGUGGGUUCGGGACUCUGAGGAAGAAACGUCCGGAUGACGCCGGCGAGUACGUCUGCCCCAUGAACGUGGAAAUGCCCCGGAGCAGCAGCUUCCAGACGGGCGCCCGGAUGUACGAGGAACAUCUGGAGCAGGUUGAAGACUCCGAAGGCACCGUGAGGCAGAUUGGAGAAUUCUCCGAGGAAAUCAACAAUCUGACAAGCAUGCUGAAGGAAGACGAGUCGUUUCACGAGGUCUCUGUCGACGCAGCAGGAAGUGACAACGUGUUCGAUUGACAGCUUUCAUGACCAUAGAUAUUUAUUAAGGCUGUCAAAUAUAAUGCAUGGAUUGUUUGCAUCAACG